GCAGCAUCAUAGUGCAUAGAAGAUCACAUAACCUCUGUGAUCUGUGAUCAUAACCUCUAGCGAAGAAUGUGAUUAAAAGUGUUUUAACUUUAAUUCAACCAAAACAUGUAUUUUACCGGCAAAUCUCUUCUGCAAAUUCGUUCAGCAUUUACCACGUUAAAGUCCUUUUCAACCAAACCGUCAAUAUUCCAGCAAACAGUGAAUCGCCUGAAAUCCAAAUCGCCGGCCCCAUUGAAGACUUAUUCCAUUGCAAAUGUAUCCAGAUUUCUGGCUAGUAGCCCACACGAAAAUAUCACAUCUAUCCAAGUGAAAAAGCGGCCCCUGAGAAAGAAGAAAACCGAACUGAGCAGCCCUGGGGUGUUUAAUGUGGUGGCAUUUGCCACAUCUGAAGAGUAUAAUCUGGAAAGUUUAGUGGAAGGUUUACAAAAGCAGGACUUGUAUGAGCCGCAAACUAUUCCAAAUGCCCAUGAUGUGGUGCAUGGUCUUGCAAAAUAUAAAGUCGAGAAUGAGCCCCGAGAAAUAUUCUUCUUUCGAGACGGCGGGGUGGUUUUGUGGAAUAUCACCGACAUGGAGAGCAGCAAUGUGCUGAAUUUUUUGAAGCCCUAUCAACAGGAUAGUUAUGCGGAACGAGUUGUGCAGGCUGAAAGCGAAAUUAUGAACUACAAGUAUCAUACAGAAGCGGCAAAGGCAAGUGGUUUGGACAAAGAAGGCAACUUUGUGCUGAGCGCGGAUUUGGAAAACGACACUACAAACUUAACUAAAUACACCUUUUCAAACGCAAUGUUCCUCUCAGUAAAGCUGGGUAUAUGGGAGGCUUCCCUAGAUAAGUACAUUGAUGAAAUUGAAGACGUUACAGACGAUCUAAGAAGGGGCCAAAAAAUCAACAUGACCAGGGAGGAAGUGCUGCGGAAACAUGGCGAGCUUUUCGCCCUGAGACAUUACCUUAAUUUAAGCUCAGAUGUGUUGGAUACUCCAGACUUUUACUGGGAAAACGAGCAACUGGAAACCUUAUAUAAUCAAGUCUGUGUUUAUUUUUGCAUUAACAAGCGAAGUAAGGUGAUGAACGAAAAAAUCAACCAUUGCGUAGCCCUCAUAGAACUACUCUCGCACCAUCUCAGCGACAAACAUCACGUUCGGUUAGAAUGGUUCAUAAUCAUUCUUAUUAUGGUCGAAGUGCUGUUUGAAAUUGUGCAUUACAUUGAUCGGUUUAUGCACUAAGUUGCAAAGAAGUGCCUUGCUCUUAAUUGGUAAGUGCACUUGGAAGGAGCGAUGACGGUAUAUUGGAAGGUAGAUUGGACUUACGGAAAUGCGUGCAGCGGAAUAAGUGGCAUUUAUAAAUGAGUAAGUAAGUUUAAUUAAUGAUCUUUAUUUAUGCUAGAGGAAGUGUUGGGUAGCAUUUUUAAUAAAAGAUUUUUUAU